GGCUAGAGUAGAAGGGCGAAGGCAUGAUAUGGCUUCUCCUUCGACGGCCAAGUUGCUUCUCCUGAGAAGGCUUUCCAGAGCUCUCAAAUCUCUCGAGUCUCCUUCUUUGUCUUGUAUUAAGAGAUCUUCUGCCUAUUCUCCUGCGUGCUUUCUGGAAGCUUCCAAGCGCGCUCUCGACCAUCCUGUUUCACCCUGUUCCAGAAGCUUCUGCUCUCCCCCUACCAGUCUCAAAGAUGAAGGCCCCGCGACCAUUGACUACCGUUCUUUACUGCAGGAGGAUGAAUUUCACAAGCUCGCUGAUUCCACAAUACAGGACCUGCUUGAGAAAUUAGAGGAAUAUGGUGACUCUACUGAUAUUGAUGGUUUUGAUAUUGAUUAUGGGAACCAUGUUCUGACCCUAAAGCUUGGGACACUGGGCACCUAUGUGUUGAAUAAACAAACGCCCAAUAGACAAAUUUGGCUGUCUUCCCCAGUGAGCUUUCUGUUGCAGUGGACCAUCCAGGUUCGACUGGGAUCGAGAUGCUCAGGCUUGGAUUUACCGAAGGACCAAAGUGCAACUAUUGCAGCUUCUAGAAAAGGAAUUGAGACAUCUGUGUGGUCAACCGAUCAAUCUCUCUUGAUCAAUCACGGAUCCUCCCUGUUUGGCCCUGUCUUGAUUACAUGCUAGUCGUCAACAUUCUAAUCUUAUAUUGAAUUUGUGGAAAAUUUUACAACUUUUACACCUUAAUAUUUGUUUGUAUCCACAAAAAUGCACCUUUUGGUCAAGUUGAUGCAAUCUGUUAACAAUUGUCUGUUAGUUUGCAGA